AUGGCGUCCAAUCAACUCGCCCUCCCGCGCGGUUCCCUUAUCGUCGUCAGCGGCGCCAACGGCCUCAUCGGCAGCAAUAUCGUUGAUCAACUCCUGCUUGCAGGCUACCACGUCCGCGGAACCGUCCGGAGCCUCGACCGCACCAAGUGGAUGCUCUCUCACUUCGACGCCAAGUACGGCAAAGGCAAAUUCUCUCUCAUCGAAGUCCUCGACAUGGCCGCGCCGAGCGCCUAUACCGAGGCCGUCAAAGGCGCUGCCGGCCUCGUGCACGUCGCGACCCCCGUCUUUUCGACCGCCGACCCCAACGAGGGCAUCCAGCCUGUUGUAGACGGGACGAUCAAUGCUCUUGAAGCAGCGAGCAAUGAGGCGUCCAUCAAGCGCGUAGUGCUAACGUCCUCGUCGACCGCAGCCUCGAAUCCGCAGCCGAACAAGGUCGUCAACGUCGACACGAAUUCCUGGAAUGAGGAUGCCUUGAAAGCGGCAUGGGCGCCUCCGCCAUAUGAAGGGCAGCAGCGGGUUGUUGAAGUCUACGCAGCCAGUAAGAUGGAGGGCGAGAAGGCGGCGUGGGAGUUUAUGCGCGAGACGAAGCCGAGUUUCGUGCUCAAUGCUGUUCUGCCGAAUAUGAACUUUGGGAACAUUGUUUCGGUCGAGCACCAGGGAUAUCCGACGUCAGCUAGUUUGGUCAAGGCGCUGUGGGCUGGUGGCGAGGGGGCAGGCUUCUUGGUCGGGAUUGACCCGCAGUGGUUCGUCGAUGUGCAGGAUGAUGCCAGGCUGCAUGUUGCGGCGCUGAUUUACGAGGAUGUGAAGGCGGAGCGGUUGUUUGCGUUUGCGCAGCCGUUCAACUGGAACGAUAUCCUGGCAUUUUUCAGGAAGUUGUAUCCGGGGCGGAAGUUUCAUGCUGAUUUCCCAGAUCUGGGACGGGACUUGAGUAAGGUUGCGAAUGAGCGCGCCGAAGAGCUUCUGAAGCGGUUUGGGCAGCCUGGUUGGACGAGUCUAGAGGACUCGAUCAAGGCUCUUCUGUAGGGAGGCUGUGUAAGCGCACCUUAUUACGUACUCUUUCCAAUUACCGUUUUAGAAGCAGUUCCAGCC